CACGCUUUGGCAGGGAUGCAGAAGCUUCUGUCGGAAGAGAGGUUUGUAUCCAUGGAAACAGACUCUGAUGAGAAGCAGCUGCUCAAUCAGAUCCUGAAUGCCGUGAAAGUGACGCCUUCGCUCAACGAAGACCUGCAGGUGGAAGUGAUGAAGGUUUUACUGUGUGUCACCUACACCCCGACAUUUGACCUGAAUGGGAGUGCCGUGCUGAAAAUCGCGGAGGUGUGCAUUGAGACAUACAUAUGCAGCUGUCACCAGCGUAGCAUAAACACUGCUGUCCGGGCAACUCUCAGCCAAAUGCUGAGUGACUUGACUUUACAGUUACGACAAAGGCAGGAGAAUACGAUAAUUGAAAACCCGGAUGUCCCACAGGAAUUCGGGAAUCAAGGGCGCACGGUAGAGUCCCUCUGUGAUGAUGUUGUCUCUGUACUCACUGUCCUGUGUGAGAAGCUACAAGUCGCCAUAAAUGACAGCCAGCAGCUGCAGCUUCUGUACCUGGAGUGCAUCCUGUCCGUGCUCAGCAGCUCCUCCUCCUGCAUGUACCUGCACAGGGGAUUCACAGACCUGAUCUGGAAAAACCUCUGCCCGGCUCUCAUCGUGAUCCUGGGGAACCCGAUUCACGACAAAACCAUCACGUCUGCUCACAGCAGCAGUGCCAGCACGAGCACGGAGUCGGACUCUGCAUCCCCCGGAGUUUCUGACCACGGCCGGGGAUCGGGCUGCUCCUGCACGGCGCCAGCCCUGAGCGGCCCCGUGGCCCGGACCAUCUACUACAUCGCGGCCGAGCUGGUCCGGCUCGUGGGGUCGGUGGACUCCAUGAAGCCCGUGCUCCAGUCCCUCUACCACCGAGUGCUGCUUUAUCCCCCACCCCAGCACCGGGUAGAAGCCAUCAAAAUAAUGAAAGAGAUACUCGGGAGCCCACAGCGUCUCUGCGACUUGGCAGGACCCAGCUCCACUGAACCAGAGUCCAGAAAAAGAUCAAUUUCAAAAAGAAAAUCUCAUCUGGAUCUUCUUAAACUCAUCAUGGACGGCAUGACUGAAGCAUGCAUCAAGGGUGGCAUCGAAGCUUGCUAUGCUGCUGUGUCCUGUGUCUGCACCCUGCUUGGUGCCCUAGACGAGCUCAGCCAGGGCAAGGGCCUGAGCGACGGGCAGGUGCAGCUGCUGCUUCUGCGCCUGGAGGAGCUGAAGGAUGGGGCCGAGUGGAGCCGAGACUCCAUGGAGAUCAACGAGGCCGACUUCCGCUGGCAGCGGCGAGUGCUGUCCUCGGAACACACACCGUGGGAGACAGGGAAUGAGAGGAGCCCUGACAUCAGCAUUAGCGUCACCACGGACACAGGCCAGACCACUUUGGAGGGAGAGUUGGGCCAGACCACCCCCGAGGACCACUCGGAUCAUCACAAGAACAGCCUCAAGUCGCCAGCCAUCCAGGAGGGCAAGGAGACGCUGAGCAAAGUGUUGGAGCCGGAAGCAGUGGACCAGCCAGAUGUCGUGCAGAGAAGCCACACGGUCGCCUACCCUGACAUAACCAACUUCCUGUCUGUGGACUGCAGGACGAAGUCCUAUGGAUCUAGGUAUAGUGAGAGCAACUUUAGUGUAGACGACCAAGAUCUUUCUAGGACGGAAUUUGAUUCCUGUGAUCAGUACUCGAUGGCAGCAGAAAAGGACUCAGGCAGGUCCGACGUGUCAGACAUUGGGUCGGACAACUGUUCCCUGGCUGAUGAAGAACAGACCCCUCGGGACUGCCUGGGCCACCGGUCCCUGCGAACUGCCGCCCUGUCUCUAAAACUGCUGAAGAACCAGGAGGCUGAUCAGCACAGCGCCCGGCUGUUCGUGCAGUCCCUGGAAGGCCUCAUUCCUCGGCUUCUGGCUCUCUCCAGUGUGGAAGAGGUAGACUCUGCCCUCCAGAACUUUGCCUCUACUUUCUGCUCAGGCAUGAUGCACUCUCCUGGCUUUGACGGGAACAACAGCCUCAGCUUCCAGAUGCUGAUGAACGCGGACAGCCUGUACACGGCCGCACACUGCGCCCUGCUCCUCAACCUGAAGCUCUCCCACGGCGACUACUACAGGAAGCGGCAGACCCUGGCCCCAAGCGUGAUGAAAGAGUUCAUGAAGCAGGUGCAGACCAGCGGGGUGCUGAUGGUCUUUUCCCAGGCCUGGAUUGAGGAACUGUACCAUCAGGUGCUGGACAGGAACAUGCUCGGAGAGGCCGGCUACUGGGGCAGCCCUGAGGAUAACAGCCUUCCCCUCAUCACCAUGCUCACUGAUAUUGACGGCUUGGAGAGCAGUGCCAUCGGUGGCCAGCUGAUGGCCUCGGCUGCUACGGAGUCUCCCUUCACCCAGAGCAGGAGAAUCGAUGACUCCACAGUGGCAGGCGUGGCAUUUGCUCGCUAUAUUCUGGUUGGCUGCUGGAAGAACCUGAUCGAUACUUUAUCAACCCCCCUGACGGGCCGAAUGGCGGGGAGCUCCAAAGGUCUAGCCUUCAUUCUGGGAGCCGAGGGCAUCAAAGAGCAGAACCAGAAGGAACGGGAUGCCAUCUGCAUGAGCCUGGACGGGCUGCGGAAAGCCGCGCGGCUGAGUUGCGCUCUAGGGGUUGCUGCUAACUGUGCCUCGGCCCUUGCCCAGAUGGCGGCUGCCUCCUGUGUCCAGGAAGAGAAAGAGGAAAGGGAGGCACAAGAACCCAGUGAUGCCAUCGCACAAGUGAAACUAAAAGUGGAGCAGAAACUGGAGCAGAUUGGGAAGGUGCAGGGGGUGUGGCUGCACACAGCCCACAUCUUGUGCAUGGAGGCCAUCCUCAGCGUAGGCCUGGAGAUGGGGAGCCACAACCCGGACUGCUGGCCACACGUGUUCAGGGUGUGCGAGUACGUGGGGACGCUGGAGCACACGCACUUCAGCGACGGUGCCGUGCAGCCUCCUCUGACGAUCAGCCAGCCCCGGAAGGCGUCUGGGGGCGCUGGCGUCCUUGGGGACCCUGAGUGCGAGGGCGCGCCCCCGGAGCAGAGCCCGGAGCAGGGGCGGCCCCUCAGCACGGGCCCUGUGGUGCAGCCGCCGUCCAUCCAGGACCUGGUCCGGGAAGGCAGCCGGGGCCGGGCCUCCGACUUCCGCGGCGGCGGCCUCGUGAGCGGGAGCAGCGCGGCGGCGGCUGUGCUCACCCUGUCCACCCAGGCCGACAGGCUCUUUGAAGAUGCUACAGAUAAGUUGAACCUCAUGGCUUUAGGAGGUUUCCUUUACCAGCUGAAGAAAGCAUCGCAGUCCCAGCUUUUCCAUUCUGUUACGGAUACAGUCGAUUACUCUCUGGCAAUGCCAGGAGAAGUUAAAUCCACCCAUGACCGGAAAAGCGCUCUCCACCUGUUCCGCCUGGGGGAUGCCAUGCUGAGGAUCGUGCGCAGCAAAGCGCGGCCCCUGCUCCACGUGAUGCGCUGCUGGAGCCUCGUGGCUCCCCACCUGGUGGAGGCUGCCUGCCAUAAGGAAAGACAUGUGUCUCAGAAGGCUGUUUCCUUCAUCCAUGACAUACUGACAGAGGUUCUCACGGACUGGAACGAGCCGCCUCAUUUCCACUUUAAUGAAGCACUCUUCCGACCUUUUGAGCGUAUUAUGCAGCUGGAGUUGUGUGAUGAGGAUGUCCAAGACCAGGUUGUGACAUCCAUCGGCGAGCUGGUGGAAGUGUGUUCCACACAGAUCCAGUCUGGAUGGAGGCCCCUGUUCAGUGCCCUGGAAACAGUGCACAGCGGGAACAAGUCUGAGGUGAAGGAGUACCUGGUUGGUGACUACUCCAUGGGAAAAGGCCAAGCUCCAGUAUUUGAUGUAUUUGAAGCUUUUCUCAAUACCGACAACAUCCAGGUCUUUGCUAACGCAGCCACUAGUUACAUCAUGUGCCUUAUGAAGUUUGUCAAAGGACUGGGGGAGGUGGACUGUAAAGAGAUUGGAGACUGUGUCCCAGGACCAGGAGCUGCGUCCACAGACCUGUGCCUGCCAGCCCUGGAUUACCUCAGGCGCUGCUCUCAGUUAUUGGCCAAAAUCUACAAAAUGCCCUUGAAGCCAAUAUUCCUUAGCGGGCGACUUGCUAGCUUGCCUCGAAGACUUCAGGAGCAGUCAGCCAGCAGUGAGGACGGAAUUGAAUCCAUCCUGUCUGAUUUUGACGAUGACACUGGUCUGAUAGAAGUCUGGAUCAUCCUGCUGGAGCAGCUAACAGCGGCUGUGUCCAACUGUCCCCGGCAGCACCAGCCACCGACCUUGGAUUUACUCUUUGAGCUGUUGAGAGAUGUUACCAAAACACCUGGACCCGGGUUCGGUAUCUAUGCAGUUGUUCACCUUCUCCUUCCUGUGAUGUCCCUUUGGCUCCGUCGUAGCCAUAAAGACCAUUCCUACUGGGACGUGGCUUCUGCUAAUUUCAAGCAUGCCAUCGGUCUGUCCUGCGAGCUGGUAGUAGAGCACAUUCAGAGCUUUCUACACUCAGACAUCAGGUAUGAGAGCAUGAUCAACACCAUGCUGAGGGACCUCUUUGAGCUACUGGUAGCGUGUGUGGCCAAGCCCACGGAAACCAUCUCCAGAGUGGGAUGCUCCUGUAUUAGGUACGUCCUGGUGACGGCGGGCCCUGUGUUCACAGAAGAAAUGUGGAGGCUUGCCUGCUGCGCCCUGCAGGACGCAUUCUCUGCCACACUCAAGCCAGUGAAGGACCUGCUGGGCUGCUUCCACAGCGGCACUGAGAGCUUCAGUGGGGAAGGCUGCCAGGUGCGGGUGGCGGCCCCCUCUUCCUCCCCCAGCGCCGAGGCUGAGUACUGGCGCAUCCGAGCUAUGGCCCAGCAGGUGUUUAUGUUGGACACCCAGUGCUCCCCAAAGACUCCAAACAACUUCGAUCAUGCUCAGUCCUGUCAGCUCAUUAUUGAGCUGCCUCCUGAUGAGAAACCAAAUGGACACACCAAGAAAAGCGUUUCUUUCCGGGAAAUCGUGGUGAGCUUGCUGUCCCAUCAAGUGUUACUCCAGAACUUGUAUGACAUCUUGUUAGAGGAGUUUGUCAAAGGCCCCUCUCCUGGAGAGGAGAAGACGCCCCAGGUCCCGGAGACCAAGCUGGCCGGCUUCCUCCGCUACAUAUCCAUGCAGAACUUGGCGGUCAUAUUUGACCUGCUGCUGGACUCCUACAGGACGGCCAGGGAGUUCGACACCAGCCCGGGGCUGAAGUGCCUGCUGAAGAAAGUGUCUGGCAUCGGGGGCGCCGCCAACCUCUACCGCCAGUCUGCGAUGAGUUUCAACAUUUACUUCCACGCGCUGGUGUGUGCCGUCCUCACCAAUCAAGAAACCAUCACGGCCGAGCAGGUGAAGAAGGUCCUUUUUGAGGACGAUGAGAGAAGCACGGAUUCCUCCCAGCAGUGCUCGUCAGAAGACGAAGACAUUUUUGAGGAGACCGCCCAGGUGAGCCCCCCGAGGGGCAAAGAGAAGAGGCAGUGGCGCGCCCGGAUGCCCUCGCUGAGCGUCCAGCCCGUGAGCAACGCGGACUGGGUGUGGCUGGUGAAGAGGCUGCACAAGCUGUGCAUGGAGCUGUGCAACCACUACAUCCAGAUGCACCUGGACCUGGAGAACUGUCUGGAGGAGCCGCCGGUCUUCAAGAGCGACCCCUUCUUCAUCCUCCCCUCCUUCCAGUCCGAGUCGUCCACCCCGUCCACGGGCGGCUUCUCCGGGAAGGACACGCCUUCCGAGGACGACCGCAGUCAGCCCCGGGAGCAUUCGGGCGAGUCCCUGAGCCUGAGGGCGGGCAGCGGGGACACGCUGAUGCUGCCGCCCAGCCCCAAAGUGGAGAAGAAGGAUGCCGGCCGCAAGAAAGAGUGGUGGGAGAACGCGGGGAACAAGAUCUACACCAUGGCGGCCGACAAGACCAUCUCAAAGCUCAUGACUGAGUACAAAAAGAGGAAGCAGCAGCACAACCUGCCCACGUUCCCCAAAGACGGCAAAGUGGAGAAGAAGGGAGAGCCGCUGGGCCCCAGAGGCCAGGACUCCCCGCUGCUUCAGCGUCCACAGCACCUGGUGGACCAAGGACAGAUGCGACAUUCCUUCAGCGCGGGCCCCGAGCUGCUGCGACAGGACAAGAGACCUCGCUCCGGCUCCACCGGGAGCUCCCUGAGCGUCUCGGUGAGGGAUGCCGAAGCACAGAUCCAGGCAUGGACCAACAUGGUGCUAACAGUGCUCAAUCAGAUUCAGAUCCUUCCAGACCAGACCUUCACUGCCCUCCAGCCAGCAGUGUUCCCUUGCAUCAGCCAGCUGACCUGUCAUGUGACGGACAUCAGAGUUCGCCAGGCUGUGAGAGAGUGGCUCGGCAGAGUGGGCCGCAUCUAUGACAUCAUUGUGUAGCUAACUCAUGUUCCGCUCCUAAGAAAAUACAUUAGUGAGGGUUACAGUCAGCCUGCCAAUCCAGCUGAUAGCAUUUCCCCACCACCACUUAAACUGGAGUCUCAAAGAACAAUGUUUCCUAAAGUCAAAAAGCCUUUCAGCCACUCCCUAAAUAAUCAGCAUUUGGGCCAUUCUGGGUACUAAUGUUGUAUCUUGAUGACACAAAUGAUACUUUUAUUUUGCACAUCAUUAUAGAAGAGUCUACAUUCCUUGAUACCUUCCCAAAUCUUGAAGUUUAUUUCCCAGUGCUUUUGCUUACAGUGUUGUCCCAAAAUGGGUCAUUUUCAAGGACCACCACUUUAAAAACACUAUGUUGAUCCAUUUGAUCCAUCAAUUUACAAAUAAAUGCAAUUCCUAAGGCAACAUCUGCUGGUAAGUCAAGCUGAUAUGUAAACACUCAGACAUCUAGUACUAGAUAUUACUUGGAGGAAGAUUUAUAUUAUGAUUAUGGGUUUGGCUGGGAAGAAAACAACAAACAUAUAUUCUUGGGUGUCAUAAUCAAGAAAGAAAUGACUUCUGUUAUAAAAUAAUCCAGAACAUUUCAAAAUUAUUCCUAAAUUGUUAAGAUUUUCAGGUAUGCACCCACUUCCCCAUGUAAGGUACUAUUGUGCCUUUAUUUCCCCAUUUCUGAAGGAAGAAAAUUCUUUCCUACCAGGGUGUUAAGUCUAUGGCUUGGCAGCCUUUGACACAGUGCCAUGAUAGUAGCUGAUACAUAUGUUGAAGACUGACAGGCUACUCUGGCCAUCCUGUUGUUCUUG